AUGAUAUUGAAAACAAAAAGAAAAUGUCAGGACGUUCUUGUGCUACUUGCCGAUCUGGUCAUGGAUUCAAGGACGACGACGACAGCGUCGUAUUGGUGUUACAGAUGUACACGCUUCGUUAACGUUUCACCUCACAACGACGACGAAGAGCACAAUCACACAAGCAACAUCACGUGUCCUCACUGCGACGGCGGUUUCGUCGAAGAGAUCCGAUCCAACUCUGACUCCGAUAACCGUCAAAACCGUAGUCGGGUUUCCAACCUCAUCCGAAACCGCAACCGCCACAACAGCCGAAACGCUGGUGACCGGUCUCCGUUCAAUCCAGUGAUAGUCCUCCGCGGAACCACCCCCGCCGCCGCCGCCGAAGAUAGCGAAGAAGGGAGCGCUUAUGAGUUUUACUACGACGAUGGAACCGGGUCGGGUCUCAGACCCGUACCGGAGACGAUGUCGCAGUUUUUAAUGGGUUCGGGUUUUGACCGUUUACUAGACCAAUUGUCACAGAUUGAGAUAAACAGUUUGGGCCGGUCGGUUCCUAACCCGCCAGCAUCGAAAGCUGUGGUUGAAUCAAUGCCGCGUGUAGAAAUUAACCAAACGCAUGUGGUUUCGGAUACGUACUGUGCAGUGUGUAAAGAGGCAUUUGAGAUUGGAAACGAAGCUCGUGAGAUGCCUUGCAAGCAUAUUUAUCAUUCUGAUUGCAUUUUGCCUUGGCUUGCCAUGCGAAAUUCUUGUCCGGUUUGCAGGCACGAGUUGCCUGUGGAGAAUUCUGAAGAGGAGGAGGUGGAAGGGGAUCUUGUGGGGUUGACCAUAUGGAGGUUGCCUGGAGGUGGGUUUGCUGUUGGGAGGUUUAAUGGGGGGAGGAGAGGUGGAGAGAGGGAGUUUCCGGGUGUUUUUACUGAGAUGGAUGGCGGUGGGAAUGGUGGGUAUAGUGGUAACAGUCGGCCUCGUGAUUGGGAUUCUUGGGUUACUAGGAGUAGAAGAAGAGAGAGUAUUAGUGGGAAUGGAGGUUUUAGGAGAGUUUUUCGUGGUUUGGCCUCGUUUUUGAGGAGGAUUAGGCCUAAUUCGUCAUCAAGAAUGCGUGUUCAUGGAUCUGAAUCUGAAUCUAUUGAGAGAAGUUAUUCGAGUCGUGUGACGAGGAGGAGAAGAGGAUUGGAUUUGGAAGUCGAGGAGGGGGCUGAUAGGUGGUGA